AUGACCCCCCAAGAGCAGAUCGCCGCCCAGCUGUUAAGCACUCGCUCUCUCCCCAUCUCGCAGGCAUGGCUGGACCGGUUCGUGGCCACCUCGUCGACCGCCCAACCGAACGUGAACGUGCCCAUCUCAGGCCUCACUCGGACCGCGUUGUUUCGCGUCCUGGCCUCGGAUUUCCGCGAAACCCUCUCCACGGCGAACCGCCCCUCCCUCCUCCCAAGCGAUGUGUUCGACCCAACCAUCCAAGAGAGACGACUGCAGGGCGUUGUCCCGGUUCAGAUCCUGGAUAUCGAAGACAUAGGCUCCAGUCUCUGGAGUCAGGUGGAGGCGAUCGAGCGUGUUGAGCGCGGCGAAGCCGUUCGUGGUCGUGAGAUCGUCCGCACCGUCAACUUGGAAGACGGCAAUCAGGAGAGAGACAACCCAUCCAACAAUGCGUCUGCGAGUGCAAAUACCAAUGCAAACAAUACAACUAGCAAUAGCAGUGCUUCCUCCUCGCAUGGUCCGCACCGUCUGAUCGUUCAGGAUGCAGCGGGAACGAGAGCCGUCGCGGUUGAAAUCAGGUCCGUCGAGGGAGUCGCCGUGGAUAAGACGCCGAUCGGAGCCAAGCUGCUACUACGCAAUGCGAGCGUCGCACGCGGCAUGGUCCUCUUGACACCAGAAACAGUCACGUAUUUGGGUGGGAAGAUUGAAGCUAUGGAUCGGGCGUGGAGAGAGGGGAGGAAGGAGAGGCUUCUGAGCAGACUGUCUGAGAACCAGCCUUAA